GGGCACGGCGUCAGCGCGUCGCCGGCUGGGCCGCGCUGGUGGCCAGGAGGGAGAGACUAGGAGGAGGAGGAGGAGGAGAUAUCUCUUCAUUAGCCAGAUCAGACAUAUGUAAAGAGAGACAUCAGUAUAUCUGGAUCAUCAGAAAGGUGUGAGCUUAUGACUGACUUUGGAUAAAUGUCUGGAAGAGCGUCAGUCAGUUCCAAAGUAAAAAAGGAUCAACUGUACUUUGCAGAGGGCUGAAAUUUCACCAUCACCUGUCGCUCCUUUGUCACGUACAGGUGCUCCCAGGAGAGAAUCUGUGAAGAUUUAAAAGGGCCAAUGAGUAUUCUCAUCAUUGAGGCAUUCUAUGGAGGGUCCCAUAAACAGCUGGUGGAUCUGCUUCAAGAAGAGUUAGAAUACUGUGUCCUUUAUACCCUUCCUGCAAAGAAAUGGCACUGGAGAGCACGGACGUCGGCUUUGUACUUCUCUCAGAAUAUUCCCGCCAGUGAGCAUUACAGGAUCCUCUUCGCAAGCUCAGUGCUUAACCUGACUGAACUGGCUGCCCUUCGGCCUGACCUUGGGAAAUUGAACAAGAUUCUGUACUUCCAUGAGAACCAAUUGGUAUAUCCUGUCAAGAAAUGUCAGGAGAGGGAUUUCCAAUAUGGAUACAACCAAAUUCUCUCAUGCCUGGUGGCUGAUGUGGUGGUAUUCAACUCAGUUUUUAAUAUGGAGUCAUUUCUCACUUCUAUUGGAAAAUUCAUGAAGCUGAUUCCUGAUCACAGACCCAAAGAUCUGGAAAGCAUCAUCAGACCCAAGUGCCAAGUUAUUUACUUUCCCAUCAGUUUUCCUGAUGUGAGCAGAUUCAUGCCCAAGCACAAAGCAGCGCAUUUACAGAAGAUACUCAGCCUUAAAGGAAAUGGCGGUGUCGCUCCAUCCAUGGCCCUUCCUUUCCAACAGAAGCAGAGAGGUUCUGAGAAUUUAUUGAAGAAUUUUGAUUCAGAGUCUGGAUCCUGUGAUGCUGCGCAACAAGAAAACCUGGGUCGCUCAGUGAGGCAGGAGUCAUACUUGAAAACAUUCAGCUCGUCAGAUAAUUCAAGCACUCAUCAUGGGGAACAUAAACAAAAUCCGUGUAACAUUUGGGCUGGAGCUGAUGAUCAACAAAGACCAUUGCAUAUUGUCUGGCCUCACAGGUGGGAGCAUGAUAAAGAUCCAGAGAGUUUUUUUAAGGUAUUGAUGCAUCUCAAGGACUUAGGACUCAAUUUCCACGUAUCUGUCCUUGGAGAAACCUUCACAGAUGUCCCAGGUAUAUUUUCAGAGUCCAAAAAGGCAUUGGGAUCUUCUGUCUUACACUGGGGCUACUUACCCAGCAAAGAUGAGUAUUUCCAAGUACUGUGCACGGCUGAUGUUGUCAUCUCAACAGCUAAGCAUGAAUUCUUUGGAGUGGCAAUGUUGGAAGCUGUGUAUUGUGGUUGUUACCCACUCUGUCCCAAAGAUUUGGUUUAUCCCGAAAUAUUUCCAGCUGAAUAUCUGUAUUCUACACCUGAACAGCUUUCAAAAAGGCUCCAGAAUUUCUGCAAGAGACCAGAUAUUGUAAGAAAACAUCUCUAUAAGGGUGAAAUAGCUCCUUUUUCUUGGGCAGCCCUACACGGUAAAUUCAGGUCUCUGCUUACAGCAGAACCUAGGGAAGAUUUGUGACAGAUGGGGCUAAGUCACAAACUUGCAGCCUAAGGCAGAAUCUGUAGAACUUUCCAGAGUGUGCCCAUAUUUACCUGAUCAGAGAGAAAAGAAAAUCUGCAGAGGAAGCUGAGCCUGGCUGCUUGUCAUAGCUGACACAGAGCCAUCUGCCACAAACCUGUGGCAGCUUCAGAUCUCCAAUCCCUGCCACCACCCCAACUCAAAUUAAAUACAGAUUCCUAGAGACGUUAUGAUGGUUACACAUGUCCUCGGCAUCACAUGGAGGAGACUGCUCAAAAAAAAUAUGUGGCCUGUUGUAUAACCGCACUCAUGUAUCCCAUAUGUGGUGCCACAUUGAAUUUCCGGUUGAAUCCGUUUUUAUCCUUUGUACUGGAUGACAUGGUGCCUGAAUUCUUUCUUUUUGCCGACACGAUGGCAGCCAAACUACAGCUUCAAACACUCUCACUUGGCUGGGUUUCUACCUAGGUUGCCAGGUUAUCAUCGGAGCCUUCUUGUGUCCUCAAAGGGCCACAGGGUCUGAAAGGAGGACCAGAGUGCUCCCAACUAAUUGGGCAGCCGUCUCGGAAAUGUUUGUGGGCAAAGGGCUGCUUUAGCACUUUUCUUUUAGCAAAUUAAUGACUCCCUGGCACAGGGGUUUUUAAGUGAAGGUAUUAAUAAGGGGUCUGGCAGGUAUUCCCAUGAUUCACAGAGUUACAUUUGCAUUUAAUUUAUCUUAAAGAAAGUUGCAAGAUAAACAGCUGUAAUUCAGACAAACAUGGGAAAUACACUAAGUGGGGCCAUCUCAGCCAUAAAAUGAACACUGAGAUACUUGUUUUAAUUUUUUUCCAGGGAUAAAAAUAGAGAAAUUAGAAUACUUCUAACAAAACCAGUAAUUUUGAUAUAAAUAUCCAUCAAAAGUAUUUGCA